AUGGAUUUAGAAUGGGCGAUUGGUCUGAACCGUCGCAUGUUGAAAAUUAUCGGUUUAUGGCCGGAAGAGAGCAAAGAUCAGCGUGAAGAAAUAUUGUCGAAGCUUCGGUUGCUAUUAAAUGUCAUUAUGCUGAUUUUCGUAUUAACCAUUCCGGCCUUAAUGGCACUGAUAAAAGUAUGGGGAGAUAUGGUACUGGUGAUAGAUAAUUUAAAAUAUACUCUACCUCUUUUGAUAACGGUAUUGAAAGUCUUCAUCAUGUGGUACAAGAAAAGAGUUUUAUCGCCGAUGAUUGACAUGAUGGUGAAAGAUUGGUUGAGAGCGAAAAUGGAAGAGGAGCGAAUUGUCAUGUUAAAACAAGCCAGAAUCACUCGCUUUCUUUCCAUAUGUGGAGCAGUCAUGAUAUUUUUGAUAUUGCUAAUAACAUUCUGCUCAUUGUGUUUUGGCCGGCAAUUCAGACAUUUGACAAAUCUCACUGAUCCGAUUGGGAAGCCUGGAAUGCCAAUCCAAACAUACUAUCUGCAUGAUAUAUCCAGCAGCCCGAAUUUCGAAUUAACAUAUUUGAUGCAAGUAAUCGGAGUGACUGCAUCCGGCUUUUCUUACACCGCAGUCGACAACUUUCUUGGACUUCUCAUCUUACAUAUAUGCGGUCAGAUGGAGAAUUUGCAUUUGCGACUAGUGAAUUUAGAAAAGGACAUGAACUUCAAAACGAUUUUAAAAUACAACGUAAAAGAUCACAUUCGUUUGAUCAGGUCUAUAGAAAUCAUUGAUAAUACAUUUAAUUUAAUGCUGCUCGGUUUUUUAUUCUGUUUUGGGAUAUUAUUUUGUUGUCACGGAUUUCUCAUAAUUAAUGUUGUUAAUCAAGGUGGUCACUUGUCAAUUGUGGAAUUGGUUUGGUAUAUUUGCGAAAGUGGAACCGUUUUAAUGCACACGUGUCUUUAUUGUGUGGUCGGUGAACUUCUCGUAACUCAAUCUGAAAAAAUACAUCGCGCUGCGUAUGAGUACGUAUGGUACACUUUGGAGCCGAAGAUAGCAAGAAACUUGACAUUAAUUAUGGUCCGUACAAAGAAACCACCCAAUAUUACAGCGGGGAAAAUAUUUCCGAUGACAAUGUCCAUGUUUUGCAAUUUGUUAAAAACGUCAGCAGGCUACAUAUCCGUGUUACUUGCCAAUCAAAAUUAACGAUGACAUCAUUGAAGGAUAAAUUAGUAGUCGCUUAUUUAGUAUAUAUGCGUGUACUUCUAUAAUGUGAAAUUAAAAAUAGUCUGUUUAUAUAAAUAUGCUAUGCAAAAUUUUUCAACAUAAUUAUACAUAAUACAUUCAAAAUUAUUUAUAAUAUUAGAAAUAUAUUUUCUUAUAUAUCAGGACGCUACUUUAACAUUGCAUUUUGAUUACGUAUAUUUUGCUUGAAUCCAAGUAACAAUUUUCAAUUAUCGAUCAUAUGAAAUAAAUAAUAAUGAAAUAAAGAAAAUAAUUAUAUUGUAAGACAUAUGUGUGAAAAUACAUAAAAACACAUUAAAACGGAGUAAUUAUGGCUUACAAACAAAGUGCCAGAAAGAUCUUAUGGUAGUGCCCAGCAGCGUCCUGAUUUUUCUUGUGUAGUUGUCUACAGUUAAAAUAAUUAUUACGUCCUGCGAAUUUUACGAUUCGUUUCUUUCAUGGAAAAUGUCAACGGACAAAGAAAUAACAAUAAACA